AUGGAGUUGGUUACUUCAGAUGCUGUUGAAAGAGGCAUUAAGUGGAUGAACAAGAACUUUGUCGUUGCAGAUGGUACAAAUAUGCUCCCUCUACUAGAAAAGGCUGUGGAAAUGCUCUCCAAUACUCGUGACUCUAUUCCGAUGAUCUUCUUCUUAACAGAUGGGUCUGUUGAAGAUGAGAGACACAUUUGUGAUGUAAUGAAGAAACGUCUUGCUAGUGCUGGAUCAGUGUGUCCUCGGAUACACACUAUUGGUAUAUUCUGUAAUCACUACUUCCUGCAAAUGCUUGCAAAUCUAUCCAGGGGCCAGCAUGAGUUAGCUUAUAAUACAGAUCACAUCGAGGAACGAAUAGACAAAUUGUUUACAAGGGCUUUAUCCACAGUUCUUGCAAAUCUAACUAUGGAGCCCCUGCAGAUUCUAGAUGAAGUUGAGGUACACCCUUCGGAUAUUCCUGAUCUAACGUCUGGAAGUCCAUUGAUGAUAUAUGGGAGAUACCGGGGAACGUUCAGUGAGAAUGUGAAAUCCAGAGGUCUGCUAGGAGACUUGAGCAGCUUUUCUAUGACUAUUGCUAAACUAAGCAUCCAAACUAGUGUUCCAUCUGAGUAUACUCGAAUGAUCCAAUUGGAGAUCACAGAAGAAGCAUCGAAACCCAGCGACAAUGGCGGAAAGAAAAAGGUCUCGUUUUCCACUUUUAUAAUCUUCAACGAUGGCAGUGGUGAAUCUAAUGCUACUCCUCCCUUGGAGAAUAGCAAUUUACCAGUGCGACAGGUUCAUACUCCAUCGGAUCGGGAUUUGCUGCUUCGAUUUGUCUCAGAACUUUUCGAGGAACAUUUUGAGCACGCCUUUGCAUCUACAGGAUCGUCCAUCCACUGCCUCGCGAUAAAACUCGGUAUUGAAAGGCAAAACCACCGAAAUCUUAUCACCCUUUAUGGUAGACAGCUAGAUGAUGCGGAUAAUAGAGAUAGUGUGAUCAAGGCUUGGCGCUCCUCGAGUGGAUAG